AUGCAGCAACGAAUAUUAAGACGAACGAGCCUCGCCGGAUCGAACUCCAGUUUACGACGAAGCAGCAUCUCAUCCAAGGAUAUUCACGCUAUUCAAGCGGCUUUAAUGAGGCAACAAGUAUCAACGGAGCUGGUUUUAUGCUUAAUUAUUGCUUUACCGACGUUCUCGUUCUUCUAUUUAUUCGUAAUUUAUCAACAUCAAAGUAAUCUUGGUUCGGCAAUUUCUGCAUUGUUGACGAGACCGUACCUCUUAGCUCUACUGCCACCGUUAUUCGAUAUAACGGCAUGGAAAUUCACUAUGGUCUUUCUUUCGUUGCAAUUAAUUUUUCAUUGGAUUUUACCUCAUGACACCGUGUAUCUACUAAGAUCAAGCGGUGACAUUCGUACGUCAGUGAACGGUUUUAGUUCCUGUCUUCUUCUCUGUCUACUGUAUGUGAUGGGCAGUGGAUUGGGAAUCUAUCGACAUGAUCUUGUAUUUAUUCACUUUUCAUCUAUAAUUAUGUGUCUUGCCACCGUUUGUAUUACGAUAUUUUUAUUCAUGUUGAUCACAUAUCGAUGCGGUGAUUACUACAAUGUCACAACAAUAUCCGAAUUUUGCUUUGGUGUUGAACUGCAUCCAUCUGUGCUCGACAUUGACAUCAAACAUUUUGUCCGGUCCCGGGUUACGCUCGUCCUUUGGCCUCUGUUCAUCAUUUCAGCCGUGUACUACCAAAGAAAUAUGUAUGGAAAAGUGUCUAAAGGUUUAAUUGGAUGCAGUAUUGUACAAAUGGUUUACAUUGUGAAAUAUCAUUGGACGGAGUAUUUGGCGUUAAACUCGCUCGACUAUAAAUGCGCAAAUUGUGGUUUUUAUAAAUUAUGGAGUGAUAUGGUGCUCUUCCCGGUGCUCUAUUGCUCACCAAUAGCUGUUCUAGCUCAAACACAAAAAUCGAUCUCAUUCGUCCCAUGCUGCAUCCUAACCGUUGCAGCCCUAUUCCUCAUCUGCUUAACAACACUAAUUGAUAAACAAAAAUAUGAAUUCAGGAAAUCAAAAGGUGUAAUUAAAAUUCAUGGUGUUGAUCCGUUCUUUAUCACAGCCAAGUACAAAAAUGACAACGGUGACACGUCAGCGAAUCUGCUUCUCGGUAGCGGAUACUGGUCCAUGAGCCGACAUCCAAACUACCUAAGCGAAGCGGCCACAUUCGCCAUAUUCUCUGCAUUUCAAGGAACGGCGAAUAUCGUCUCACAUCUGCCAGCCGUAUUUAUAGCAGGUUUUUUGGUCGUUCGACUUUGGAACGAUGAGUCACGAUGUCUUGCAAAAUACGGUCAAUGUUGGAUACAAUACUGCCAUAAAGUACCGUUCCGGAUACUACCUGGAAUUUAUUGA